ACUUCUCGUACGUACUUUAGUAUGUACUUAUUUCUCAUUAGCUCACGUUUUUUAUUCCUCGCUUCCCCCAAUCGUGUCGUUUCCGGCAAAAAUGUUCAUAUUCUCACCAUCGGGAGCAGUUAAUUAUCUAGUAUUGGCUGCAGGAAAGUGCAUCCUGUCACUAGAGGUAGGAACCAGUGAGAUAAAUUCAUUCAAUCUGCCCGAAAGGAAGGAUCCUGCUGAAGCUGAUGAUGAAGAUGACAGCAAAACAAAGUCAUCUGGAGAGAUUAACAGGGAUAUCCAGAACUGUGCAGUCUUUGGGAAUAAAUUCCUAGCUAUAACGACAAAUGACAAGUGUCUAUUCGUCUUCAACGUAACCAAUUGGCAUCCCCUGGAGGCAAAUCUCAUAACAGAGAGAAAAAUUCCAAGAGUGUCCAGUGCCACCUGCUUCUCCAGGGACGGUAAGUGCCUUCUGGUGGCUGACAAGAGUGGAGACUGCACAAAAUACAAUUGCUCUCAAGAGGACCUCCCUGAACAGCAACUGGGAGGUCAUCUCAGCAUUGUAACUGACAUUCUCCUCACGGCCGAUGAGAAGUUCUUCAUAACGAGUGAUCGGGAUGAGAAAAUCCGUGUAACCAAAUUCCCAGAGAGCCAUGAGAUUGAGACCUAUUGCCUGGGACAUAGGGAAUUUGUUUCUAAAAUUGACCUACUGCCACAUGAUGAAUCUCUCUUGGUGUCCCUGUCUGGAGAUUCGAGUAUUCGCCUCUGGGAAUAUCUCAAAGGCAAGGAAAUUUACAGGAUUGAUCUUCCUGGAGCAGGCAUCCAAAUGGUUUGCAGAGCCGAAGGAUCAUCUUUAAGUCUUUUUGCUGUCUACAUCAACGAAACCGAUUCCCUGGUCAUCAUAAGGAUUUCCGGGUCCAGUAGCUUCCAACAUGAAAUUGUAAAGACCAUCUCUACUGAAGAUUUCUUUGUGGAUUCCCUGAAUUUCUCUAACUCCCAACUUCUUCUUUUUGGAGUGUCCCAAAAAGAUGAUUAUCAUGCGGAAAUUCGGGCUUUUGAUGCAAGCAACUGGGAUCCCAUUGACUUGUCCCGAGUCAAUGAAAGCCUCAAGGACCGUUUGGGAAGCUUUAGAAAUAACAAUCCGGGAGAAUCUAUUUCAGGACUCUUCAAAAAGAAAUACUCCAACAUUGAGGAGUAUCAUGAGAGGAAAAGGAAAAGGCUUGAACUCAAAAAAGCUAAUAAAUGAUUGAAUUUAAAAUA